GUUAAAUCUGGUUCUUCACAACCACCGUUUAGAGUGUCAUUCCUCACUCUCAGCCACCACACUCCACCACCACCAUCAUCAAUCCAUGGCAGGAAAUCUCUCACACCCAAAUUUCAUCUCCAAACCUCCCUUUCCAAACCACCAUUCCACCACCACCACCGCCACCUCCGCCUCACCCUUACCCAUCACACCCCUUCUCCAAGACCUCUUUCUAGACCUCAAUUCCACUUCUUCUCCCCAUUUCCACCCCACCACCCUUUCUCCGCCACCACAUACCCCCGCCUCCGACCGCCGCCGUAGAACCUGGUCAAGCCACCGCCUCUCCCCUCGAGGUCAGCGAAUUCUCAAUACACUAAUCGACCCAUCUUUCGAUUUCAAUCGCUUUGAUGAAACUCUGCGCCUUUUGUUUUCUUCCUCUGGUGAAUCAUUGUCCUGGGACAUCAUGGGUGUGAUCAAGGGUUUAGGGUUUUACAACAAAUGUGAACUCGCGUUGACUCUCUUUGACCGGGUUCGGAGUAGGGAGGAUUGUGCUUCUCUUUUGAAUGGUUCUGUGAUUGCUGUGAUUAUCAGCAUUCUUAGUAAAACGGGUCGGGUUUCUUCUGCGUCUUCGUUGCUGCAUGAUUUGGAAACUGAUGGGGUUGAUGUUGAUGUGUAUGCUUAUACUUCUCUGAUAACUGCUUAUGCUAAUGGUAAGAGGUAUAAGGAUGCAUUGAAGGUGUUUGAUAAAAUGAAACAAUUGGGGUGUAGACCUACUUUGAUUACUUAUAAUGCCCUUUUGAAUAUUUAUGGGAAAAUGGGUAUGCCUUGGACUGAGAUUAUUGCUCUUGUUCAGGACAUGAAGAGCCAAGGGCUUGCGCCGGAUUUGUGCACUUUUAAUACUCUUAUAAGUUGUUGUCGGGCGGGGUCUUUGUAUGAAGAAGCUCUUGAACUUUUUGAGGAGAUCAAGUUAGCUGGACUUAGACCAGACAUGGUUACAUACAAUGCAUUGUUGGAUGUUUAUGGGAAGUCGAGGCGGCCUAAGGAAGCCAUGGAGGUUCUGAAACAGAUGGAGAGUCGUGGCUUUCCUCCUAGCAUCGUUACCUACACCUCGCUGAUAUCAGCUUAUGUUAGAGAUGGUUUGCUAGAGGAAGCAUUGGAGCUUAAAAACCAGAUGGUGGAGAAACAUAUUAAACCUGAUGUUUACACCUACACCACGCUUUUGUCUGGAUUUGUGAAUGCCAAAAAAGAUGAGCUUGCAAUGAGAGUUUUUGAAGAAAUGAGAACGGCAGGCUGCAAACCUAAUAUAUGCACCUUCAAUGCCCUUAUCAAGAUGUAUGGAGACCGAGGGAUGUUUGCGGAAAUGGGGAAAGUUUUUAAGGAGAUCAAGGCAUGCCAGUGUUCCCCUGAUAUUGUUACUUGGAACACACUUUUGGCUGUAUUUGGACAAAAUGGAUUGGACUCUGAAGUAUCAGGAGUGUUCAAAGAAAUGAAGAGAGCCGGGUUUGUGCCGGAGAGGGAGACAUUCAACACUCUAAUAAGCGCAUACAGCAGGUGUGGUUCCUUUGACCAAGCUAGGGCUGUUUAUAAGAGAAUGCUGGAGGCUGGAGUGACUCCAGAUCUUUCAACUUAUAAUGCUGUUUUAGCAGCAUUGGCUCGAGGAGGGCUUUGGGAACAAUCUGAGAAAGUCCUUAGUGAAAUGGAGAAUGGUCGAUGUAAACCUAAUGAGGUAACAUACUCUUCUUUGCUUCAUGCUUAUGCCAAUGGCAAAGAGUUUGAAAAGAUGAAUGCUCUUGCAGAGGAGAUAUACUCUGGAAAAAUUACAACACAUGCUGUUCUUUUGAAGACCCUUGUUCUAGUAAAUAGCAAGUUUGAUUUCCUAGCAGAAGCAGAGCAUGCAUUUUUGGAGUUUAAGAAGAGAGGAAUUCCGCAUGACAUAACUACUUUGAAUGCGAUGCUUUCACUUUAUGGCAGGAAGAAACUGGUAGCCAAAACUAACAAGAUUUUGAAAUUCAUGUAUGAGAGUGGAUUUACUCUGAGCUUGCCUGGCUAUAAUAGCUUGAUGUAUUUGCACAGCCGCACUCGAAACUUCCGAAAAUCAGAAAUGAUCUUGAGGGAAAUUCUGGAGAAAGGUAUAGAGCCUGAUUUAAUCUCAUACAAUAUAGUUAUUUAUGCAUAUUGCAGAAAUGGCAAGAUGACAGAGGCUAAAAGGAUAUUAAAUGAAAUGAAAGAUCCUGCACCAGUUCCUGAUGUUGUAACUUACAAUACAUUUGUAGCAACUUAUGCUGCAAACUCAAUGUUUGGGGAGGCUAUUGGUGUAGUUCAGUGUAUGAUCAAGCAAGGAUGCAAGCCAGAUCAGAAUACAUACAACUCCAUAGUUGAUUGGUACUGUAAGCUCCAUUUGCGAGAGGAAGCAUACAAUUUUGUUCACAACCUUUCCAGCCUUGAUCUGCAUGUAUCUGAGGAGGAAAAAGGCAGAUUACUAGAGCGCAUAGCAGAGAAAUGGAUAAAUUGAUACAUGUUUCUCUGGAAUCUGUUCAAUUUUGAACAUCAAUGUAAUUUAGAAUAGAAUACAAUUAUAAGAACAAAUGAAGAAUAAAAAAAUUUGUGCAGAGUGCAGGCUCUUAGCGCAAAAGCCAUUGUGAUAAGUUCUAACUUCUGGUAGAAUUUUGUAUUGUUUUGUGUACUUCAAAUAAUAUUUACGUAUGUUCUUGUU